CAUGUAACUUAUAACUAAAUUAAUUUGAUAAACCAUCAACUUAAUUAAAAACGAAUAUUAAUUUAAUCAACCGUGAUUUUCUCAAGUUACUGGUUCAACUAAAGAAAUCUUUAGUCAAUCAGGUGUCUAAGGUGCGUUCCACUUAACGCUCGCAACUGCGAAAUUAUUUCAUCCUUGUAUUAAAUAUUAAACAAGGACAAAUGACGCCCGCAAGCGUUAAUUGGAACGUAUCCCUAGAAGAAAAAAAAACAUUUCACAGGGUACGAAAGAAGAGCGAGAUUUGCACCCGCCGUGUGCGAACUGUUUCGCGCGUCAUCCGAAGUCGUGACUACUCAUGACUCAAAACUGGGGCGUAUGUUAUCGAUUUACUCUUACGUCAUUUCUAUCUUGCGUAGAUGUGCGAAGGUCCUGGAAAUGAACGCGCGACAGGUUGUAAGUGGCAUGAUGGGACAGUUCAAUACAAUUCCGUCGACUCCUCGCGUCAUGUUCGACGAGGUGAGUGACAACGGCUUGGUGCUCUGCGACAAGUACCUGCCGGUCGAGGUGCUGAUCGAGAUCUUCUGCCGCGCCGACUGUAACACCCUGGUCAACUGUCAGCUGGUGUGCAAACGCUGGAAGAUGAUGAUGAACUACGUCUGGCAUAAGAAGGCCGAGCAGGCGCUGGGCAAGCCGCUCCCGUGGGACGAGAAGAUGCCCUGGUCCGUGCUUUACCUCGCGUGCACCAAGAGGCCAUACGAGAGGAACCUGCUGAAGAAUCACUCUGGUGCUGAGCAGAUGAAUCACUGGAACAUAAAGUACAACGGCGGCCAUCGCUGGAUGGUCGAGGAACCGCCCGCCGGCACGCCGGAGCUACCACAUACCGAGCCGAUGUUCAAGGAACAACAGACCUGUUUUGUGACGUCCUUCGAGCAUUGCUCCAAACUACAAAAAAUAAACCUGACGAAUGAGGGGAUACAUCCAUAUAUCCUGGAUACUUACCAACCACCUAUAGUGAUAAGCGAAUGGUACAGCUGUCGAUGGGACUGUCCAGCAGACUAUCGAUUAACAGUUGAAUUAAUUGCUGAAGAUGAAUUAUUAGACGAGUUUAAAUUUGUAGAUAUUCUCGAGGGAGAUAAACAGAAUCGAUGGCUAAAGGUUUCGCAUGUGUUUGAAAACUAUGGAACUGGGCUCAGAGUUAUCAGUUUCGAGCAUGGAGGAAAAGAUAGAUCAUUUUGGGCAGGACAUUAUGGUAGUAAAAUGGCUGGGGCAUGUGUUAUUGUGAAAAUUCCUGACAAUAUGCUUUCCUGAGAAUUGCUGAAAAUUUAUAUUUAUUUUUGUGCAAAUGCAACCAAGUGUUACUAAAACUACCAGAAUCGAAAGGACAGAGAAGUUAGAUUAAAAAAGUUAGUUAUAGUUUUAUAAGAAACUCUGUUUUUUUUUUUAAUAUUUCCAUAAAAUAAAGUUAUUUAUAACAAUGAAAAAAAAAAUAGUAUUAAAUAUAAAAAUAGAUAAAAUGUUGAAUAUAUAUUUUUUUUGUAAAUAAUAUACAUCAACUAUUAUUACUUAAAAUAAAAAUUAAUUCUGUAAGAUAAAUUUUUUAUUAUCAAAAAUGCAAAUUGUUAAAAUCUAUUGAUAUACAGUAUUGCAUGAUAAAAUGAUAUAAUAAAAACUUCUACUAAA